GACAAUGAAGCAUAUGACAGUGCCAUCCAUCCUGUUGGGAAAAGAACAUUGCUAGAAUCUCACUAUCCAAGUCCUUUUCCAAAUUUUUUAUGAUACAAUCGGAUCAAAAACUUGAAAUGCACUCCUCUAGCAUACAUAAGCAGUUUUGUUUCCAUGUGCUAAUCGGAUGUAUAAAGAUCAAGAAUUGAACGAUCCAGAAUAAUAUUGAGAACUGGCCUCUACAGAAGCAUCCCAGAAUCAGCUGAUCCACCAACAUUAUUUCUAGAUUCCCAAACAAGACGUUCACAUGGACGUGGUUGAAUUUCCGGUAAACAGAUGGUUGAAUCUAAAGGAAGAAGACAAAAUGUAAGAUGACCACCUGACUCCCUGGUUCGCAACUUUGAGGUGAGUUCGCACCUCAAAGUUGCGUGACGCAAGUCCCUCGAGAGAAGCUCUGCUCGGAAGCGUAAGCUACGGACUUCCCUUAUUUGUUUCCUACACUCAAACACAUAGCCCUUCAGUGAGGGAGACGAAAGAGAGAGAUGAAGGCGAGGGUGGUCCUUUUCCCGACCCCCGGAGCCGGCCAUUUGGUCUCCAUGCUCCAGCUGGCCAAGCGAAUCCUGCACCACGCCCCCAGCCUCUCCAUCACCAUCCUCCUCAUCCAUCCUCCCCCGGCCGCCACUGCCACCAACUCCCACGUGAACGCUGCCGCGGCUUCCGGCCUCGACAUCGACUUCAUCGAGAUCCCCCGCUCGGAGCCCGCAGAGGGGGAAGGCCUGGUUCACCUGCUGCGCUUCAUAGAGACCCACAAGCCAUAUGUCCGGGAAACCCUCGCGUCCCUUCCAGGCGUUGCCGCCUUCGUCGCCGACAUGUUCUGCAUCACCGUGAUGGACGCCGCGGCCGAGCUCGGGAUCCCUUCCUUCGUCUUCUACCCGUCGAGCGCGGCGUGCUUGGCUGCGACCCUCUACCUGCCGACGCUGAACCAGAGAUACGAGGGUCGCGCCCUCAAGGAGGUGAAGGACAACAUCCAAGUCCCCGGGAUGUCGCCAGUGCCGCCGACGGUCAUCCCGGGACCGCUUCAAGAUAAGGAUGACCCCGCGCACCCCUGGUUCCUCAGAACCACCGGUCUUUACUCUCGGCUGGAUGGGGUGCUGGUCAACACGUUCCACGAGUUGGAGCAAAAGGCGCUGACGGCCUUGGCCGACGGACUGUGCACGCCCGGAGGCCGCACCCCUCCCGUCCACCCGGUCGGACCGCUGCUCGGCCUGGACUGCGCACCCAAGGACGGCUGGGAGUGCAUCGAGUGGCUCGACAGGCAGCCCGAGUCGUCGGUCGUCUUUCUGUGCUUCGGCAGCAUAAGCGCGUUCUCGCCGGAGCAGGUGAGGGAGGUCGCUUGCGGGCUGGAGCUCAGCGGGGCUCGGUUCUUGUGGUCGCUGCGGGUUCGGUCAAGCCAUGUGGGUGUGGACUUGAAAGGGGUGCUGCCCGCCGGGUUUGCGGAAAGAACGAGCGGACGCGGGCUGGUUUCGCCGGCGUGGGUGCCUCAGAUCGCGAUACUUGCUCACCCGGCGGUGGGUGGGUUCGUGUCGCAUUUUGGGUGGAACUCGACUCUGGAGAGCGUGUGGUUCGGGGUGCCCAUGGUCGCGUGGCCGCAGUUCGCCGAGCAGGCCAUGAACGCCUUCGAGCUGGUGAACGGCUUGGGGUUAGGGCUGAGAAUGGUGGGUGAGGAGGUGGAUGCAGGGACGUUGAUUAGAGGAAAGGAGUUGGGGAGGGCGGUGAGGGCUCUGAUGGAAGGGGAGGAAGGUGCGAGGGCGAGGGAGAAGAUGAAGGCAAUGAAGGAGUCGGCCAGAAGGGCGGUGGAAGAAGGACGCGGUUCCUCUUACGCCAAUCUAGCAGCGGUCGUCCAACAGUGGAUCGAAACCGUUCCUCACUGAGACGACAUGGCUUUUUCUUCUCUUUUCUGUUCUGUUCCUUUUUCUGGAACCAAAUGUACGCCGUCGUCCCUUGUGGGCCGCCUGAAGCUCAAUGGGAAGCGGGAUGAGUACUCUUGUCGACGACCAAGGGACGUCUUAAUUAAAUCUCACUCAAUUGUGUACAGAUUCAUACUUAGUGCAAUUUUAUUUUCUAAUGAAUCGUCGGAGUCUUAACUUAAUAUUCAA